UCCGGCUCCAGAGCGAGGGAGGAGCGAGCAGCAGCAGCGCGGCGGUGCUGACACUGUCAUGAAUGGGCCCCUCUCUCUCUGUCGCACCGCAGGUAGGACCCCCUCAUCCCCGCAGCCCCGCAGCCCUCCGCUCCCCCAUGCCCGUGAGGACGCGCAGCCCGGCGGGGACCAGCACGGGAGCGAGCCGCUGAUGAGCCCGGACUCGGAGCGCAACCCUUCCCCGUGAGCGUUUCAUCCCAGCGGGGCGACGCAGCAGCGGCAGCGCGAUGCUGGAUGGACUCCGGCGGAGGCACGCCUCCCGGGCCUCCCCCAGACCCCUCUCCCUCAACUUCAGCACCUUCUCCGCCCCCCCACCCAGCCCGGACAUGGACAGCGGCAGCGAGCACCCAAUCAGGAGGACUCUGCACCGGCUGAAGCUGAUGAGCUCUCCGAGCCUCAGCGAUCUUGGGAAGAGCGACAAGAGUUCACCGGAGGACAGAGGGGAGAAGCAGAAGAAGGCAGGAGCCAACGCUACCUGGAACAGCAUCCACAAUGCUGUCAUUGCAGUCUUCCAGAAGAAGGGCCUGGCUGAUAAUGAACUUUACAUCCUCAAUGAAGGCGUCCGACAUCUCUUGAAAACUGAGCUGGGAUCAUUCUUCUCUGAAUAUCUUCAGAAUCAGCUGCUGACAAAAGGCAUGGUCAUCCUUCGGGACAAAAUAAGGUUCUACGAAGGUCAGAAGUUACUGGACUCUCUGGCAGAGACCUGGGACUUCUUCUUCUGUGAUGUUCUCUCCAUGCUGCAGGCCAUCUUUCACCCUGUCCAGGGUAAGGAGCCCUCUGUCAGACAACUGGCCCUGCUUCACUUCAGGAACACCAUAGUCCUGAGUGUAAAGAUAGAAGACGCCCUGUCUCGGCCGCGGGCCCGCGUGCCCCCCUCCAUCACACAGAUGCUGCUUAUUCUACAGGGGGUCCAUGAGUCGCAUGGUGUGAAUGAGGACUACUUAAGGCUGGAGGCUCUGGUUCAGAAGGUGGUCUCGCCGUACCUAGGUACCCAUGGGCUUUGCUCUGGAGACGAUGCUGAGGAUCACUGCUGCAUUAUGGACAAGUGUUUACCGUGGGGCUGGCCCAAGUCUACGGAUCAGCCGUCUAAAAACCCUGUGGUACGAUCAAAAAGUUACAACAUUCCUCUGCUGCUGACCCCAGUGGCUGAGUAUGACCCAGAUGCCGGCUCAGUUGGCAGCGGAGGAAUUCGGCGUCACUCAGCCUGCGAGAUCAUAUCAUGCCUGGAGGAGCAAGGACUGGCCUACACUGACCUAGCUCCGGGAUCUGAACUGUCCGCCUCCUCCUCCAAUAGGCUGUGUGUGAGCUCUCAGUUCAAUGGUAUCGUUCAAGCGGGAGCUGGCGCCCUGGACUUGACUCUUUCAUCUCCCUCCAUCCUUCAUUCCUCUGGAGCUCUCCAUGGCACAGAGGCCACGACAACAAUGACUGAUCUCAGCAAGGGAGCAUCCUCCACGCCGCCCAGUGAAUCAUCCAGCCCAGAAACCAUAAUUGGACAAGUGCUAGAGUCUGCCGAAUCGGACUCAGAUGGGAUAUUUAUUGAAUUCCCACUUCACUCUUCAGAGGCAGUGGGCCUCAGCCGGGAGAGCAGGCAGAGCACUGUGUAACUGUGGUGGCCUUCAGGGUAAUACCCCAGUAGGUACGGGAAUAUUUUGGGAGAAAAUAGGAAGAAAUCCUCUAACUACAUUUUAAUAAGUGGGUACUAUCUUCCUUUUUUUUGUUUUCACAUUAGCAUGAUGAGUUUCCAUGAGAAAUUGCUUCCAAGUGCUUUCACUGGUGGAUGAAAACCUUUUAAUUCUUAAUGUAACAUUUCUAGCAGCUCAAAAAUAAAAAAAGUUUGCAUGUCAAGACAUGAGUGGUACUGACAUUACAGGACUGAAAAUGUUGGGUUUUUUUUUAAAGAUAGUCUGACAUUUCUGUUAUUGAACAAAACAAAAUCCACAAUAAGUGGAUACUUGUAACAAGCAUUGCCUCUGCAGCCAAAGUCUGAAUAAUCUUACUGCUUUAGUUGCACAGUGGUGACUCUUAUUUCUCGAACACUGUCUUUGCUUAUUUCAUAAUGGAGAACCAACUGUAGAUAAAAAAACAACAAAAAGAAAACCUGAAAAACGAUGAGCCCCGGUGCAUAAAGUAUGCAACCUAACAGUGUUGUUUGCACCUUAGGCAUUAUGUAACUGGUUAUCUUAUUCAUAAAUUGAGGUUUGUAUUGGUAAACCACUUCUGUAGAAAUGUAUUCAGUAUGAAUUAAUGAUAUUAAACUGGGGGAUCCAAUAAUUGAGAAAGUGCUUCAUGAGGAGCACAUCAUCCAACCACUGAGGAUGAAAAUUUUGAUUAAAAGGUUUUCACUCAGCAAAAGAUUUUCUUACUUUUGCUGAGGAGGUGGUUGUUAAAAUGCCACAAACUUUACACAUGCACCGAGUUUUAAAACUUCAUGGGUUUGUUUUGUAUUUGUGUAAUCUGAAACUCUUACAGUUUCAUCUCUUCAGUCGUGUGCUGCUUGUGGGCGGGGAGGUCUUGUCUUGGGUGUCUGCAGCGCUCCGAAUGUGUAAUGCAAAUUUCUCGUCCUUGUGACAGCAUUUCCUUUUCACUGCAUUGGCUUUGAUGUUUAAGGGGUAUCGCAAUGUUUAUUGUUUACAUUUGACGAAAAAAAAUUAACAUUUCAAUUGAAUGUUGUCUCAGACACUGUACUUUGCGGCACCACUACCAUGUAAAUAGAAGUGCGUUUUUUGUUUUUUUUUGUUUUUUUUUUAGGACAGCUUGAUAUUGUUAAGUGAGCAUUUAUCUUUAAAGGAAAUUCAAUUUUAAUAAGGGCUUUUUAAAGGAAUCUUUUUCAAUGACGUUUUACCUCAAGCGUUUUGUACUUUCCUUUUUUUGACAAUCUACGAUGUCUACGGAGUUGUACUUUGUAUUAAUUUCUUAUACUGGCCCCGGAAGAAAAAAUA